UAUUAUACUAUCCUCGAUCUACAUCUCCUAGCUGCUAGCUUGUUUCUAACUUUUUCCACACUUUAGCCUUAAUUAGAAAUCUAGCUUGCAAAAAUGGCGCAAGAAAACUGUUCUAAAGCGGUGGCGCUGGUAAUCGGAGCAACCGGGAUGGUUGGGGUGGCGUUGGCCGAGGCAUUAAAAGAGCCGGCAGCUCUCGGCGGGCCGUGGAAGGUGUACGGCGCUGCCAGGCGGCCUUUGCCGUCUUGGUUCCCCGCUUCAUUCCUGGACGAGUAUAUGACUUUUGAUGCCCUCAACUUGGAGGAUACACACAAAAGCCUCUCAAAAAUCUCCCAUGAAGUCACCCAUGUCUUCUGGUUAGCCCUGCAAGUCGACGAAAAGGAAGAAGAAAACAUCAGGCUCAACUCAACCAUGCUCGACAACGUCCUCAGAUCCUUAACCUCCUCGAAUUCCAGCAGCCUGAGCCAUGUGACCAUACAAACCGGUACGAAGCAAUACAUGGGACCCAUUUUCGAUCCAUCAUUGGCAACCGACAAAAUGAUCCCUCACGAACCUCCCUUUAAAGAAGACUACCCACGACUUCCAUUCCCAAACUUCUAUUACGCGUUAGAAGAUCUCGUGGCUAGUUACGCUGAAACCAAUUCUUUCUCCUUCUCUAUACACAGAUCAUCCAUGAUAAUCGGUGCAUCUUCAGUAAGCGUGUUCAAUUUAAUGCUAAAUCUGUGCGUCUACGCCAUUAUUUGCAAGGAAAAUGGGUUUCCCUUUAGAUUUCCUGGGAACCGUUACCUGUGGGAGCAUUUCUCGGACGCGUCUGACGCAAGGUUGCUGGCGGAGCAGCAGAUAUGGGCAGGGGUGACGGAGAAGGCGAAGAACCAGGCGUUCAACUGCACCAACGGAGAUGUUUUCGCGUGGAAAACCAUUUGGAGACUUUUCUGCGACAUGUUUGAGUUAGAGUUCGUGGCGUUUGAGGAGAAUGGCGACAAGGAAUUUGAUAUAGCAGAGUUCAUGAAGGAUAAGGGAGAGAUUUGGGAGGGUAUAGUUAAAAAACAUGGACUUUUCAGAACCAAAAUGGAGGAGAUCACUUGCUAUCCUGCACUGCAGACUGUGUUGAGUUUCCAGUUUCAACACGUUUGUAGCAUGAAUAAGAGUAAAGAAUUUGGGUUUCUUGGAUAUGCUGAUACAUUGAAGAGGAUUACAGUUUGGGUGCAAAAAUUGAGAGAAAUGAAGAUCAUUCCAUGAUUUUAUCUAUUCCCAGUUACAAACGUACUUUGGUGUUACGUUGCUCGCUUUGCGACGGUAUCGUGGUGCAAUAAUAUAAUGUAAUGUCUGUUGCCACUUCUCAAAGCUUUAUUAUUUUAACAAUAAUUUUUAUAUA